AUGGCAGAAAAACUCAUUAAACACAAACUAAUUAACCCUGUGAAGAAUCUUGAGGAAUACAUUUGCAAGAACCAUGAAAGACCUCUGGAUCUUUACUGUAAAGAUGAUCAGACAGCUAUCUGUCAAUUCUGCAUCGAGAGUGACCACAGGAAUCAUAACACUGUUCCUCUGGAGACGGAGAGUUUGAAAUUGCUGAUGAAUAAAAAGAUUGCAGUGCAGCAGAAAAUUCAGGAGAAGUUGCGGAAGAUUAAAGAAAUUAAACAUUCUGCAAGGUUUAACAAACAAUCCAAAGAGAAGGAGAUUGAAGAGAACAUCAAGUUUUUUAAGGAUGUCUUUGACAGAAGCAAUGCGGAGCUACUUGAGCUCACAGAGGAAAAGCAUAAAGAAACUGAGAGACGAGGAAAAGAGCUCAUCAGAGAGCUAGAUGAAGAGAUCGUGGAGCUAAAGAGAAGACAAACUGAACUGGAGCAACUCUCACAUCCAAUGAAUUUGACACAAAUUAUUAGCCUCUUGCGCAACCCCAUAUAUACCAACAGCUCAAAAAACAUCAGCAUCAGCGCUCUUGAACCUGGAGGUAUUCUGAGGAAGACCAUAUCACAUCUUCAGAGUGUGCUGGAUGAGAAAAUGAGAGAAACUGUUGGCAGAGAGCUGCGGAGUAUACAACAUUAUGCAGUGGAUGUGACACUUGACCCUGACACAGCUCAUCCUGAACUCAUGUUGUCCGACGAUGGGAAAAAGGUCUGGAAUACAGCUGGGGAUGAUGACCCUGAGACUCGUCGUGCUGAGAUGUCAUGUGGCCAUGCAGUGACUCCACAGUCACUGACUGCAUGGUGUCGUAGUCUGCUCGACCAGGGUCAGCACAAGUUCCUGUGUCCUGCACUUAAAGAAGGCACACUACAAAGAUGCAAUGCAGAAUGGCCCUAUGCAGAAGUGCGGAGGUUGGCUGUACUGACUCAAGAGGAGCAGAGCCAUUUUGAAGAGACGAUGGCUGUCCUUGCUGCAGCUGAGUACUGCGAACACAAAACUUGUCCUGGAUGUCAGACAUUUGUUGAGAGAGCUGACAUUACCAACCUCUGUGUCAUGUGCACGAUCUGCACGGCUGAGAAGGGUCGCACGUUUCAAUUCUGCUGGCAGUGUAUGAAGGAGUGGAAAGGCCCAGGCCCUCGAUCUGACCGCUGUGACAACCCUGACUGCACCAAUCCCGACAUUGAAAAGUUGGCAAAAUGUCGUUAUAUAACACUACCUGAAGUCAAUAGUGUGAGCUGUCCCUCAAUGCGAGCUUGCCCCACUUGUGGCAACCUUGUGGAGCAUGACACAACAGGGUGUAAGAAUGUCAUAUGUAAUCGCUGCAGGGUAGAAUUCUGCUUUGUUUGCCUGAAAGUCACUCAAGUAUGCUUGCAAACAAGCAGUUACUUCAUUGGCUGUUCUGAUGGGAUUGCGCCACGGCAGACUUCCAUUCCUUCCUGGAAUAGGAAUUGAAAACCAUUGAAGAAGCCAAACAAAAUGAUGUUUUAAACAUUUGAAAUAAAAUGUAAAAAAAUGUGUACCUUGAAUGUAAUGUAAGUUGCUUUGGAUAAAAGUGUCUGCCAAAUGCAUAAAUGACAUGUAGUAGGCU